AUGAUAAAGUACAUAUGCACUGGGAAACUGAAAGUAGACCACUGUUCUCAGCACUUAUUAUAUAAGCAAAACUUUGAAAUAAUAUGGAUAAAAUAUCAGAUGUCACUAUUGCUGAUUGCGAAAAAUCAACUUAUAUCAAACCACUAAGACUGACAUAUCAGCAGAAUUUAAAGAAAAAGACAGUAGAUUUGAUAUGGGACCAUGAAGAUGUUGUGAUUCUCAUCUACAAUGUAACAAGACAUGUCUUGGUGUUUGUUAAACAGUUCAGACCUGCUGUAUACCUGUGCAGUUCCAAAGUGUCAGAAGUGGAGGGACAACGAGUUAUUAAACAUGAUGAAAAUCCACCUAAUUUAGGAUUAACCUAUGAACUUUGUGCGGGUAUCAUUGAUAAAGAUACCAGUUUAGAACAAAUAGCUCAGGCAGAGGUAUUGGAGGAGUGUGGGUACAAAGUACCCCUUGAUAGACUUGAAAGAAUAUGUUCUUGUAGAGGUGGUUGUGGAACAAGUGGAUCUUUACAAACUAUGUACUUUGCUGAAGUGACAGAUGCCAUGAGGGUGUCUAAAGGAGGAGGACUAGAAGAGGAGGGAGAAAUGAUAGAUGUAGUAGAUAUACCUGUUUCAGAAGCUAUGGACUUUGUCAUGGAUGAUAAAGUAAACAAACCUGUAGGAGUGAUGUUUGCUGUAUUAUGGUUCUUCCAGAAUAAAAAUAAACAUUAUUCCUCAAAAGUUUGACCUGCUAACUGUGAUAGGGUUAUAAUUAGAAUUUAACAAACAAACUACUAUAAUGCAAAUCCUCUUUGUUUCUUUAUAAAUGUGUUUUAUUGAAUAAAGGCAGCAUUUUAUAUUGUU